AGAAACUGAAACAUGAAGACCUAAUAAAUACUACAGUCAAGUAUGAGCUUUCUAUCAUACACUUCGAACAGCAAGCUGACAUCGUCCACAGUAGCAUUUAGCCUAAAAUUAAAGAUGGCAAUGUGUUGGAACACUGUUCUUGCUCUCCUGCUGUACCUGACACAUGUUGACCCAUCCUGUUCUGGAAGAUCCCUGUCCUUCUCAAACUCUCUCCGCCUCACACAUUCUACUAAUUUCAGAGUUAAAAUGCUGCUACAAAACUAUAAAGAGCACAUGAUGGGCGAUCAUUUUAAGAUAAACAAAGGUUGGGUGCUCGCAUCACUUCCUGAUGUAAACUUCCACUACUCUACCUGGGUACUCAUCAAGGAUGCUGAGCGCCUGUGUUGGGACGCCAAGGGGCUCCGGACGUUCUUGGCUCACCUGGAGACCCAGAGGCUCCGUCUGGAGAGCGAGUUUCCCAUGGAAAGGGCAGGCAUUCGCCAUGGAGACAGAGGCCAGAUCGGCAGAGGCCUGUCCAAGUCCAUUGAUAACAUCCAGGCGGACCUAGAGAACCUCCUGAACCAUGUCAAUGCCCAGCUGCUAUUGCUGAAUGGCACCAAUACAGGCCCCGGUUCCCCCUGUGGCUCCAGAACCCUCCAUGAUGGGGUGACCCACUCUGCAAGCUCCACUGCCACGGGCCGAAGGCCCCCUCGAUCCACAUGGGAACAGCGAGAGGAGGGGUACAUGGUCCUCAGGGGCCUAAAACGGUUUCUGGUCAGGCUUACCCGAGACUUCACCUUUCUCAAAAACAAACAAGAAAGACAGACAACAAAGCUGCAGAAUGACAAGUGAUUGAAUGUUUUUUUUAUACUUUUCUAUUUAUUAUUGGAUAUAUGUGUGCCACCUCAGGGGUGGUGUUUUUUUUACAGAAAUGGAUGUGUGUUUUUUUAAAGUGUUAUUAUUAUUAUUACUGGAUUAUAUUUAUUUGGUUUGACAUCAACCUUAGGCAGCUAAAGUGCAUUUACCUUUAGGGACAUGUACAACUUUCACCUUGUAUGAAACCGCAAUUACCUCUACAUUUAGGAGACAUAGAGAAUGUAAGUCUGCAUAGAUGCCUCCUAUGGCAUGUAAGUAAAUCCCUGUCCUAGUCUGUUUUACUGUUGAUAUCUACUAAAAGGUAUUUCUAUAGCUAAACUCACCAAACCUAGCAGGGUAUUUCAAGUUACAGAAAGCAAAAGUAAUGGGUGUAAAUUCCAUUCAUGUGAGAUACAAAACUUCUUCAAUGCCAAUGAUUGCACAAAAAAGUAUUGGUUAAACCCAAAAGAACAUAGAUGUUGAGAAGAGUGUUUCUGGAUCUUGGUUUGUGCCCACAUGUCCUUGAUGGUUUGGUAUUUCCCUACGCUAUGACCACCAUGCAGCCAAUUAGCAUCUGGAUGUGACUCCCAGCUACUCAACAUCCUCUUUCCCAGCAGAUUCCUCCCUGUACUUUCCAUAACCUUAUCAGUAUAUAUUUAAGUAUUUAUUAUGAUGUAUUAUUUAAUC